AUGAUGGAGUAUCAAUUGAGGAGUAACAAACCUCCACAGAUUAAGACAAGUACAGCUAUAUCUAAAGCUAUUCCCACUGCUACUAGUACUACCAAGUCUCAUCCGUAUAGUCCCAAGAACUAUCUACAUUUCAGUACAAUGAAUGAUUUGAAAUCUUCACCAGAAAGUACAAAUUAUACUACCGAGACCAAAAACCAACAUCGAUACAGUAGUAGUAGCAUUUCAAAUGACAGUGCCAUAAAAGAAAUACCUACAUUAUCAGAUAUUAUUAAUAAUCGUAACCACACGAAUUUCCCUGACUAUAUCCACAACGAUGCAAGUGCCCAAGUCGGGGAUAAUGGCAAUAGUAAUGGUGGCGGUGCUGGUGGCGGUGCUGGUGCUGAAGAUGACGACGAAAUCAACUUGGAAGCAUUUACCCAGUAUCUCAAAUCCAUCCAUUGUCAAGAAAAUCUAGAAUUUGUGUUAGAUUUGCAAGAUUACUUGAGCAUAGCGUCGUUGAAAACAGCAGGAGAGACAGUGUUAAUGGAUCAAUGGCACUACAUCUAUAUCCGAUACUUGACGCAGGACUCGGACAAUGAAAUCAAUUUACCAUGUUACUUGACCUUACCGCUACAUUAUGCUCAACCGCCGCAAUUGGAAAUACUUAUCAAGUGUAACAACUACAUCAUCAAUGAAAUACUCCAAAACUUAUAUCGAGAAUUUAUAAAGAAGAAGCAACUUAUUAAGCCCGAGUCUGUGCGAUUAUUUAGAAGUAAACUGGAAGUUUUAUCAACAAGAAUGAAACCAAAGAGUCCACCUACACCACGUGUGCACCAUAGUAGCUGCUCAUCACUUUCUCAAUUUAAAUCAAAUAAAACUCAAAAUGAAAUACUCAACCAACAGCAACAGAGAAGAGGCAUAAUGACUGAUAUAAGGACAAUGAAUUUAAGUCCUCCAUUAUCACCAAUCGUUAAAAGCCAACAACAUCACGAUAAAACAAAGAAUGGUAAAAAAUAUAGAGGGUACGAUUAUUAUUCUAUCCCACAACAGACAGAAGAAGAAGAGGAAGAAGAAGGAAAAGAAGAAGAAGAAGAAGGAGGAGAAGAAGGAAAAGGAGAAGGAGGAGGAGAAAAAGAAAAAGAGGAUAUAGGAGAAGGACACAAAUUUCGAGGGAAUCAUGCUUAUUCGUUUCCAUCAUCCUCGUCAUAUAACAACACUAUCAAUGUACACAAGGAGCCGCAGAAGAAGGAAAGACAUUACGAGUCCUACGAAUCCGAUGAUGAAUUUGAUGAUGAUGAUGAUGAUGAUGAUGAUGAUGAUAAUGAUGAUAGAUUAAUGAGUGCAAAUACCACGAGAAAUAACUCUACACUGACUACUAUGACUCUGAUGUCAAGAGGAUCUUCAAUAACGUCGACGAUUAUGGAUAACUCUGUCAAUUAUUUUAAUAACAAGAUGAGGAAAUUCAAAAUUAGGAGAUUUAGUGAUUAG